UUUAAACAUACGUAGAAGAUGCUGAAACGAUAUAGGCUAGUCCCACACUGAAGCCGGAGCCGCGGUUAAGCUACGACGUCACUGCCUGAACCUCAGCCCAGCAUCCCGGACCUCAUUACAGCCAUACAUCCUCACACAGUCCGCUGACCAUGUCAUCGUAACAGAUGGGGAACGCGUUGCCGUGAACCAGCCCUUCUGCUCAUCCACGCAGUGUUCCAUAGACUACCAGCCUGGAAAUGAUGUCCUCUUACUACCACCCUGCCAAGGAAACGGACAUGGCGGCCAUGACAGAGCCGCUCUGCCUGGAAAGAGAUGUGUGCAGGGUGAUCGAGCUGCUGGACCGGCUGCAGCGGAGUGGGGAGCUGCCUCCUCCCAAGCUGCAGGCCCUGCAGAGAGUCCUGCAGAGCAAGUUCUGUGCUGCCAUCAGAGAGGUGUACGAGCAGCUGUACGACACUCUGGACAUUGUUGGAGGACCAGAGGUGCGAGCACAGGCAACUGCCAAGGCCACAGUGGCAGCGUUUGCAGCCAGCGAGGGCCACGCCCACCCAAGGGUAGUGGAGCUGCCCAAGACCGAGGAGGGUUUGGGCUUUAACAUCAUGGGGGGCAAAGAGCAGAACUCCCCCAUAUACAUCUCCAGGGUGAUCCCUGGGGGGGUGGCCGACCGCCAAGGAGGGCUGAAGAGAGGGGACCAGCUGCUGUCUGUCAACGGAGUGAGCGUGGAGGGCGAGCACCAUGAGAAGGCUGUGGAGCUGCUGAAGGCCGCCCAGGUUUCAGUCAAGCUGGUGGUGCGCUACACCCCGAAGGUCCUGGAGGAGAUGGAGGCUCGCUUUGAGAAGAUGAGGAGCGCCCGGAGACGCCAGCAGCACACCAGCUACUCAUCUCUGGAGUCCAGGGGCUAGCCAAUCCAACGCCUCCGCCCGCCUCAUCCUCCAACCCUCCUGGCUCUUCUGUUCUAGCGGGAGACCUUAGAUGAGAAGCGAAAAAAAACCAAAGUAGCCUACCAACACCUGUUAACCUGAACUUCUUCUUUUCUCUCCACCCUCUUUCCCUCUUCCUUAGAGAAAUGCAGAGUAAGCUUGUUGUCAGACCAUGCCUGUAAUUUCGAGCCCGGCAUAGCCGGACUAUUUCGCCAGUGUGGCUCAGUCUGGAGCCUCUCAACUUCUCAAAUUUUGAUUUCCAAAGGGCUCUAUCAACGGCGCAGACCAAAAUGCCUCCACCUACAACCAAUCAGAGCAGCGAAAAGUGACAACAACCAAUCAGAGCAAUGUAGCGCUCGGCGACACGUGCAAGUCGGGGGCGGUGCUUGGUCCGUUUUGAAGCAUAAAAAAAAAAAUGGCGGACGGGUUACAGACUCAAAUUACA